AUGUCCGCCUCAUUAGAUAAAUCUUUAGAUGAAAUCAUUUCUUCUACCAAGAAGCCAUUCAAGGGAAGAAGAGCCGGUUCUAAGAUCGGUGGUGGUGCCAAGCGUGUGGGUAAGAAAGUUGGUGGAACUACUCAAAAGAAACCUAUUGUUUCUUUCAAGAAAGGUGGCAAUGCCGCUCAAGCAGCAGCUGCUGCUAAAGCUUUUGAUUUGAGCUAUGCUACCAAGGUUAAUGUAUCUGGUUUACCAAGGGAUUUAAAACAAGAAAAUAUCAAGGAUUUUUUCCAAUCACAAGUUGGUGGUGUUCACACUGUUGCUUUAAGUUACAAUGAAAAGGGUCAAUUCAAGGGUCACGCCACUGUUAUUUUCAAGACUAACAAAUCUGCUACUUUAGCUAUUGAAAAAUACAAUGGUGCCCCAAUUGACAACGGAUCAUCUAAAUUAAGAUUAGAAUUAAUUGUCGAUCCAAGUAAAAGACCAUUAGCUACUAGAAUUGCACCAAAUAAGGUUGGUGCCGCACCAAAAGUUGCUGCUGCCAAGCAAGUCUUGAAUAAGAAGAAGACCGAUGCCAAGAAGCAACAACCAAACAAGAAGAAGCCAGCUAAGAAGACUAAGAAGACUAUCGAAGAAUUAGACCAAGAAAUGGCUGAUUAUUUCGAUAACUAA